GGAAGUUGGGCUCUUGUUCUGCCUCGUGAGGGUUGGGCGGGGAAGGUUUGGUGAGGUGGAAUCUCUUCCUGCCCGACGCCUUCUUCGUUCUCGCUGAAGCCAGUGCGCGCGUGGGGAGCAGGGGAGGGAGGGAGCCUGUGCUUCUCUCCAUGCCCCUCGCAGUGGCCCUUGCCCUUCCCAACAGCAAGGACGUUGAGAUGCCCAUUUAUCGCCAGGAAAGGGCUUCCAGACAUCUCCUAGUCCUACUCCUUAAGUAUCUGAGCUAGCGGGGAAGGAGUAGCUCUUUCCAAUUCGUAAUCUGUGAGAAAUAAGCCCAUCAAAUAACUGAAAGAUUCUCUGAGCCCGAAGGACCCGCUGAUGAGCCCAAUUCUUGCAGCAUCCACAUUUGCCUCUCCUUGACGGCAUGAUAUGCUUUUUGGAAUCUGUCUGAUUCUCACUAUUCUGGGAUGUUCUCAGCCUGAAGAAAAUAGUAUGGAUCAUGAGGCCCCAACCAUCAGGCCUCGUCGUAUCCAGAACCAGAAUGUCAUCUACCGUUUGGAACGUCGAAGGAUCACAUCGGGCAAGACAGGGACCCACUGGCACCAGGUCCGUAUCUUCCACCAGAAUGUCUUUCCCAAUUUUACUGUGGUCAACGUUGAAAAACCACCUUGUUUCUUACGAAAGUUUUCCCCUGAUGGAAGGUACUUUAUUGCAUUCUCCUCAGAUCAGACUUCUUUGGAGAUCUAUGAAUAUCAGGGAUGUCAGGCCGCAGAGGACCUCCUCCAGGGCUAUGAUGGGGAGAUCUUGGCUAAUGGUAACGAUCAGCGGUCCAUCAACAUCCGUGGCCGACUUUUUGAACGUUUCUUUGUCCUCCUUCAUAUUACCAAUGUAGCUUCCAAUGGUGAGCACUUGAACCGCGAAUGUAGCUUGUUCACAGACGAUUGCCGCUACGUCAUUGUUGGCUCUGCUGCCUAUCUGCCUGAGGAACCCCACCCUCCCUUUUUUGAGGUUUAUCGCAACAGUGAAUCAGUGACCCCUAACCCCAGGUCUCCUUUGGAAGAUUAUUCUUUGCACAUCAUAGACCUUCACACAGGCAGGCUGUGUGACACUAGGACGUUCAAAUGUGAUAAAAUCAUCUUGUCCCACAACCAAGGACUCUACCUGUAUAAGAAUAUCCUGGCCAUUCUCUCUGUGCAGCAGCAAACAAUACAUGUCUUUCAGGUAACACCUGAGGGUACCUUCAUUGACGUACGGACCAUUGGGCGCUUUUGCUAUGAGGAUGACCUCCUCACACUGUCUGCAGUCUAUCCAGAGGUCCAACGUGAUUCUCAGACAGGCAUGGCAAAUCCAUACAAAGAGCCAUUCAUAAAUUCCCUGAAACAUAGACUGUUGGUCUAUUUAUGGCGACGUGCAGAGCAGGAUGGGAGUGCCAUGGCUAAAAGGAGGUUCUUUCAGUAUUUUGAUCAGCUGAGGCAGUUGCGCAUGUGGAAGAUGCAGUUGUUGGAUGAAAACCAUCUUUUCAUCAAAUACACAAGUGAGGAUGUAGUCACAUUACGAGUGACAGACCCUUCACAGCCUUCAUUUUUCGUUGUGUACAACAUGGUAACAACCGCAGUGAUUGCCGUGUUUGAGAACACAUCAGAUGAGUUGCUGGAACUCUUUGAGAACUUCUGUGACCUCUUCCGAAAUGCCACACUUCACAGCGAGGUGGUCCAGUUUCCCUGCUCGGCCUCAAGCAACAACUUUGCCAGGCAGAUCCAACGUCGAUUCAAGGACACUAUUGUAAAUGCAAAGUAUGGCGGACACACAGAGGCCGUACGGCGGUUGCUGGGGCAGCUUCCAAUCAGCGCUCAGUCAUAUAGCGGCAGCCCCUACCUUGACCUCUCCCUCUUCAGUUACGAUGACAAGUGGGUUUCAGUCAUGGAGCGUCCCAAGACAUGUGGUGACCACCCUAUCAGAUUCUAUGCUCGAGAUUCUGGUCUCCUGAAGUUUGAAAUCCAAGCAGGACUUCUGGGUCGGCCUAUCAAUCACACAGUCCGGCGUCUGGUUGCAUUCACCUUCCACCCAUUUGAACCCUUUGCUAUUUCAGUGCAACGGACUAAUGCAGAAUAUGUUGUAAACUUCCAUAUGCGCCACAGCUGCACAUAGUGUCCUUUUUGUCUGGGAUGCUCAGUGGACAGUUUGUGUUUCUCCAUGGACACACCAAAGCUAUACUUUUGCUUUAGGAAACCAAACAGUCAUGCUCCUUGUGAGGACUUAAUGGUCACGUGUCAUCUUAGCCAACAGCAUUUGGCUCUCACAGGUACCUGAGUGUUAAUGAAUACAGAGUUCAUUGUGCUUCUCAUCUUUAUGUUUAUUAGACUUUUUGUCCUUUGGUUAUUAUAUAGAAACCAAACAGAUUUAUUUUGUACAGCCCUUCUGCUCCAAUGGACUCUAUAUUUUUUGGGCUGAAGGGCAGGUUGGUACUACCAACUAAGUCCAAUGGCACAUUCACAUUUCACCAAGGAGUUUAGUCUCCCCAUUUUGCAUCUCCGAUCAGAUUUGUCUCAUCACUGUUUUGUGUUGAAAAGGCAUCUUUUUAAAAAGUGGUUUGGACUCAAUGGGGAGAGAGAAAUAGAAAAGCCACCAUUAUGUCUGUGUUGUUUGUGCACCUGUUCCACCUAAGCCAUCCUGCCAUCUAAACCUGCCUGCCUCACAAGUUCUGCUAGUGGUGAGGGGUGGACUAUGCAGGGUUGUAUGGAGGAUUUUAUUUUGUUUGCAGAUGAUGACUCAAAGGAAAUAGCUGCUGUGCAGUUCAGGCCCUCAGUGAUGACUUCAUUAACUUGUGCUGGUCGCUGGGACCACAGCACAAGCAUGGCCCAUGAAGUUAUUGACCAAGACAGCUAUCUUCAACAGCUUCCAGCCAAGUUGAAGGACUGGGAUAUCUUGGAUACCAUCUAAAAUUUGCAGCAGCUUAAAAUGGUACCUCAUGUACUUUGCUAACAUCUCACAGGGAAGCAAGGAUGUAAAGGUGUAUCUUGUAGAAGAUGUCCACAUGCUCCAAAAUGAAAACAUUUUGCUCAUUCAGCUUAUAUAGAGAAGUGUAUGAUGAGGUGCACUGUUUCCUGCUCUUCCAGUGCUAUGCAGCCAGAGUGAGGGGAGGCCAGAUGGACUUGCAGAUUGGAGCUUGUCGGCUUUUGCAUCUUGGGAGUGAGGCCUUGUGGGUACUGGCACCUGGCUGAGUAACUUAAGUGUUUGGAUUUGUCCCUCAGUUAUAUGCUGUUCACCUCAGCCAAGACUGAAGCUGCUUUUUUAAUACAUAGAUUUUCUUUCCCUUUGGAACAAGUGGUUUGUGGCCUGUACCCUUGGCCUCACUGGCACUUAAUUUCCAGUGAUAAAGGAAAGAAUGCUCUGGGAAGACACCUUUGGAUCCUUGGAUGAUAAGGAGCUGAAAGCAGAACUUAAAUGAAAGGUUGUUGAGUAGUUCUCUUGGGUAUGUGCUGGAUGGCAUGGUGGUAGCAGCUGGGCUGUGCAAAAGAUGUGCUAGGAAGGAGCAGUUCUGUUUGUAGGCACCGUUUAAAGGAAAGAGCUGAAUAGUAGCUUUUCUUUUCCCUCACCUAUGCUACCUUCAAAUGGCUUUGCAAGUGGUUCUGUUCACAUUCCUAUUAUAUCUGUCUAGCACAUGAAGGCAGAGCUAACAUCUCAAAGAAGUGGGAGGUUCUUAAAGGCAGAUGAUCAUAGGGAGAUGUUUGGAGCAUCCACUGCUCCUCAAAUACAGGCUGCCUUUUGUAGAUAACAUUCAUGGAGCAGAGUUUCUACUUUAAACAGCCUGUUUUCAGUAUGUUUGGGGGGAAAUGUCAGUCUCCAUUUUCUUGGGAUUAUGUAUUCUUGGGAUCACGCAUCUGAACUGAUGCCUUUUGUAAAUAUAUGGUACUAGUGGUAGGGUAGGGGCAAGAUGGAUGUGUAAGAAUUGACUAGGGAUGUUAUUCCAAGAUGUUGGCUCUGGGUCUAGGUCCAUAAGAGCUAUAUAGGAUUAGACCAAAGUCCUGUCUGGUCUUGGAUUCUGUUACCACAGUGGCCAACAGAUAAUUUUGGGAAGCCACAAUCAGGAUGUGAAUGCUAUAACAGCCUUCCCCUUGUGUUUCUUAUUGACUGUUCAGAAACAUGUUUCCUCAGAUCCUGUAUGUAAUACCUAGGAAUCAUGACUAAUAGCCAUGGAUAAUCUUAUCCGCAAUACAUCUAACCCCCCUUUAAAGCCAAUCAGGAUGGUGGCAAAUACUCCAUCUUCAAUGUUUUCCACCAUUUUCUCUUUCUAUCACAGUACAAUGCUGUUGUCUUUAAAGUGAGCCUCAUUCAUUCUAAAUAGACACAGUUACAGGAGACAUGGGCUCUACACUUUAUCUUCCCCUCUUUAGAAUAUCCAAAGUUACUCCUUUGUUGAUCUAUACAGAAUACAGACUGAGAGAGACACUGUGACGGAUGAUUUCAUGUGUGAAGACUUUUGGAACAUGUGUUAGUGCUUAAUUAUUUCCUGCCCUGGAACACUGGCUUGUGGCUUUGCCCUAACCUACUGCCCCAAGUGUUUUGUCCAAGUUCCAACAAAGUUGAUAGCCUUCCUCAUGGUUGAGAAAAAGCUUGUGGGCUCCAGACUUACUUGCUGAAAUGGCCUUUACCAUUCCUGAAAGUUUUCGACAUCACUUUUCCCUCCUUCCUAAGUUACAUUGCCAUGCAGAGUGGGUGAUCCAUUUUUCUUUCCUGUUUAAAACUUUAUUGAGUUGGCUCUAGUUUUGAUCAGAGCAGGGGUGCUAAAGGUGAGGAUAUCCAUCUUUUUCUUCCACAUGCUGAUUCCAGAUCAGAAUGGUCUUCAGUGCUGUUAUUUAGCCCCACUGGGGUGGAGUGAGCAGACAAGUACUUGUAUGAUGCUCCCUCCCAAGCAUUACACCUGGUUUGGCCCUAAAAUCCCAAGGAAACUAAGAGAAGCCACCACUGGAAAGUGUGCUGUUAAUGUCUGUCUUCACUUUUGUAGGCAACUACUACAUCCUAUGUUGAAGAAGCAACAAUGAGAACUUGGAAUUAGAAAAGAGAUGCCCCAGUAGAGAUUUGGAUUAAGGUUUUUGAAAAUGGCAGGUGUUGGUAUGCGCAGACUCAGUUUCUCACCUGUGUUGGUCUCUAUUGAUUGCACCCUCUUAAUACUAAAAAUGAUGGGAAGAAAUAAAAGCAUUGUUGGCAUCACUAUA